AUGGAGGAUUCCCAAGAGCGCAAACGUAGAAAGGAGAAAUCAGACGAGUAUUACAAAGAAAGGAAAUCAAGAAAACAUAGUUCUAAAUCCCCCGAGAAAUACCGUGAUCGUGAUAGAGAUUCUGUAAGAGAUGCCAGCCGCAAAAGAAGACGUUCUCGAUCCCCAAAACGAGAUGAAAGACGCAAUGAGGGUAAAAUGGAAGCUCCUCCUAGAAAAUCAAAAACAGAUGAUAUGCUGAAUACUAGGACUGGAGGUGCCUAUAUUCCGCCCGCUCGUCUCAGGAUGAUGCAAGCUCAGAUCACAGAUAAAUCUUCUGUUGCUUAUCAGAGGUUAGCUUGGGAAGCUCUGAAAAAAUCUAUUCACGGUCAUAUAAACAAAAUUAAUGUUGGCAAUAUUGGUAUAAUUAUCAAAGAACUCCUUAAAGAAAACAUUGUCCGUGGUCGUGGUUUGUUGUGUCGUUCUGUUAUUCAAGCACAGGCCGCUUCACCAACAUUUACUAAUGUCUAUGCAGCCCUUGUUGCUGCUGUCAAUUCACGAUUUCCGAACAUUGGGGAACUAUUACUAAAAAGAUUAGUAAUACAAUUUAAAAGGGGCUUUAAAAGGAAUGACAAGGCAAUAUGCAUAUCAUCAGCUUCUUUUGUAGCCCAUCUUGUUAAUCAGAGGGUUGCACAUGAAAUUCUUGCUUUGGAGCUUUUAACACUUCUUGUUGAGACUCCGUCUGAUGAUUCUGUGGAAGUUGCAAUAGCAUUUUUAAAGGAAUGUGGACAGAAGUUAACGGAAGUCUCAUCUAAGGGUGUUAAUGCUAUUUUUGAGAUGUUAAGAAAUAUAUUACAUGAAGGUCAAUUAGAUAAGAGGGUACAGUACAUGAUAGAAGUCAUGUUUCAAGUUUGGAAAGAUGGAUUUAAGGAUCACCCCUCAGUUAUUGAAGAGCUAGAAUUAGUACCUGAGGAAGAACAAUUUACUCACCUAUUAAUGCUCGAUGAAGCUACAGAUGCACAGGAUAUCCUAAAUGUUUUUAAAUUUGAUGAGAAAUAUGAAGACAAUGAACAGAAAUAUAAGACAUUGAGUAAAGAGAUUCUUGGCUCGGAUGCUGAAUCGGGUGAAGAUGAGGAUGGGUCAGCAGAAUCUGGUAGCGAUGAAAGUGAUGAUGAGGAAGAUGAACAAAAGCCUGUUACAAUCAUAGACAAUACAGAAACCAAUCUUAUUGCACUUAGACGCACUAUCUAUUUAACUAUUAAUUCAAGUUUGGACUUCGAGGAAUGUGCACAUAAGCUUAUGAAAAUGCAACUUAAACCAGGCCAAGAAAUUGAACUGUGUCACAUGUUUCUGGACUGUUGUGCUGAACAGAGAACUUAUGAAAAAUUUUAUGGUCUUCUAGCACAACGAUUUUGUAAUAUCAAUAGAAUAUAUAUUGGCCCAUUUGAAGAGAUAUUCAAAGAUUCAUAUGCAACAGCUCACAGAUUAGAUACCAAUCGUCUUAGAAAUAUAAGCAAGUUUUUUGCUCAUCUCCUAUUCACAGAUUCAAUUAGCUGGGAAGCUUUAGACUGCGUGAAACUUAAUGAAGAAGAUACUACAAGUUCAAGUCGUAUUUAUAUAAAAAUUCUGUUUCAAGAGCUAGCUGAGUAUAUGGGGCUAAAAAAGCUUAAUGACCGGCUGAGAGAUCAGACACUUCAAGAAGCUUUCUUAGGAAUAUUUCCUAGAGACAAUCCUAAGAAUACUAGAUUUUCCAUCAACUUUUUUACCUCUAUUGGAUUAGGAGGUCUUACAGAUGACUUAAGAGAACAUCUUAAGCAGAUGCCUAAGAAUGUACCAGCCCCAGCAGAAAUCAAGGUUCAUAGUGACUCAAGUUCAGACUCCAGUUCAAGUUCUUCAUCAUCUUCUAGUGAUUCCAGCUCAAGUGAUUCAGAAGAAGAUACAGGAAAUGGUAAAAAUAAAACUAAAAAAAAAGGUAGUAAUACUCCGAAAUCUCCUAAAGAUAAUCCAGGCAAAACUAGUAAUGAAGAAGAAAGAUGGGGUCAUGAUGGUUAUUUUGAAAGAUAUGGAAGAGAGGAACAAAGGAGUGACAGAGAGGGUAGAUCAAAGCGGGGUGAAUUUGCAAGACCCAAGGAUGUAUCAAAACAUACUAAGGAUACCCAUGGAAGUAAUGACAAUUUUGACAUCAAACAAAAGAAUGCCUUGGAAAAGGGUAAAACACAUCAAAAAAGAAAGGAAUAUGCAAACAAAAAAGAAAUCAAUGAUUUUGAUGUCAGGAGCAGAAGUGACACUGAACAAGCAGUAAAAGAACAAACCCCCACUUAUGAUUCAUACUGGAGUAGCACUAGUAGAAAAAAAGGAAACGAUUCUAGUAAAGAUCGAAAUGAUGAAUAUAGACACAGAGAUAAAAAUAGUAGAAGCGACAAAGAUUUAGAUAGGGACAAUUACAAAGAAUCUGAUAAGAGAAGUGAGAAGGAGCGAAAUGAAAACAGAAGUAGAGAUAAGUAUGAAAAAAGAAAUCACCAGAAAUCCAUUGUAAACACCAGUAGUGAAGAGCAAAGAAAAUUUGAUGGUAAUAUGAAAAGCAGCAUUAAAAGAGACAGUAAGUAUCAAGAAAAAUUUCUUGAAACUAGCUCUCGAAAUACAAGCAGACCAGAAAAAAGCAGUCAUAUUGAUCGAGGCAUUAUUGCAGAUAAAGGAUUUCACAGUGAAAAAGGUAAAACUGACAAAAAUAAGUCUUAUAGUAGGCAUUACAAACAUAAUAGGAAUGUCCAACUGACUCAGGAUAAAGAAAGUAGCGAUGAUUCGCAGAAUGAUUCUAGUGAUGAAAAAACAUAUGGCAAACAUAAUUUAAAACCCAUGGGAGAUUCAGAUGACAGUAAGAGUGGCAGAACACCCGAACAAGAUUCUGAUUCAAGAAAUAAAAGAGAUAAAUAUGUGAAAAACUCACAAGAAAAGGAAAGUGGUGAACCCAAAAUUGGAAGAUAUUGGGACAGUUAUGAUACACAAAAGUCAAGAGACAGCCAGAGACAAUCAAGACAUAAAAGGGAAAUUAAAAGUAGACGAUAA